AAAUUCAAUCAGUUGUUUUAAUCAAUUCGUAACGUCGUGAUGUUGUUCAAAACGCGUCUACAGCCAAUACAAAUUUUACUCUACGCCCUUCUAAUAAUCUUUGUAAAAAUCAUUAAAGCUAAACGUUCAGUUGACCAGCCACAAUGUGACUCUGCAUUUUGGUCAAAUAUACAAAUACAAUCAGAUCAAUAUGUUGAUGUAUAUGAAAAACCUUGUGAUGACUUUUGGACAUAUGCAUGCGGUAAUUGGCGUCCACCUUCACAGCUGAGAUUUGCCAAACCCACGGAUACAUUGUCCACCAUUAAGGCAGCCAAUAAAUAUUUGCUGUUGCAGUAUUUUGAGGAUGUGGAAAAAGGCAGGCAUAUUAAUGACACCGCUAAGGGAGUAGCCACUUUUUAUAAAUCUUGUCUCGAUAAAAGAGCUUUUAAAUCUAAAGCUCAAGAUGAACAAGCCAUACGGGUGUAUACAGAUAUUUUAAAAAAUAUCACCAGCAAUUGGCCCAUUUUGCAGAGAAACUUUAGUGAAAAUAAUGUGGAUAAAUUAUUCAAUUGGGAACAAGUGUCAGCAGAAAUGCGUAGAUAUGGUGCCCAGGCUUUGAUGAGCAGUAAAAUACAACCCAAUUGGCAAAAUUCUCAACAAUUAAUAUUCUAUAUAAUGCCUCCCUCUUUUGAGCUGCUUAAAGCUCGACAAUCGGAUACAAAAGUGGAUGAGGAAUCAGAAUUUCUUUACAAGCGUUAUAUAAAACUAUUAAUGAUGGAUUUAGGUGUUCGUGUAAGAAAAGCCAAUCAAAUUGCUGAGGAAAUUAUAGAAUUUGAAAAAUCGCUGAUGGAUUUGGUCAAUAAUGAACGUUCGGUGGUUUUAAAAGAGCCUCAAUCUUUAACUUCUUUGGCUGCUGAAAUACCUGAUAUAGAUCUUUUGAAAUACUUCAAUACUUUAAUGCAGAAUUUUAAACUACCUGCUAACUAUCAAGACUCUCUACUAAUAGUGGCUGAUAAGCAGUAUUUAAGACAUUUGUCUCAUUUCCUUACAAAAUCUAGUGCUGAGAUUAUAGCCAAAUACUUUUUGGUGCAAUUCCUGGCCAAUUUUCAAGUUAAUCUGCAUGAAGAGUAUAGUUUUAUCAAGCAAAAAGAGGAAUGUCUAAUGCAACUAAAUGAUUUCAUGCCUUCGGAAUUGUCUCAUUUGUUUCUGCAACUGCGUCAUGGUAAUGCUGAAGAAUUUUUGCAGCAAACCGAGCAGCAUUUAAACAAAAUCUUUGAUAAUCUUAAGCAGCAAUUUGAAAAGCUUUUAAAUAGUUCAGUGGUAUUUGAAAGAGAUCCAGCCACCAAGAUCUUGAGCAGAGAGAAAUUGAGAGCCAUGAAAUUACUCUUACCCACGUUGGAAUUAAGCACGAGUGAGCAAUUUGUAAUGGGAGAUAACUAUGAUGUUAAUUUAAUAAAUUUAUCUAAAUGGAAGACCACGCAACAGCUUAACAAAACCAUACCACAUAUGGUAAAGGAGGCAAGUUCCAUAAAACUGGAAACAAAACAUUCUUUAACUUCUUUGUAUAGAUACCAAUCCUAUGGACCUUUGGAUGUUAAUGCCUAUUAUCGCUUAAAGAAGAAUGCCAUUGAAAUACCUUUGGGUAUCUUGCAGACACCUUUAUAUAACCAGUGUUUAAAACCAGCCAAAAUCUAUGGUGGUUUGGCCUAUAUAUUGGCUCAUGAGAUACUGCAUGGUUUUGACUAUGAUGGCUUGAAUUAUGACAAAUUGGGCAAUGUGGCCAAUGCUUGGGGCGUUAAGGCCAUCAUUAAGUUUGGCGUUAGAUCCAACUGUUAUCUUAAUGAACGUUAUGAUAAUGGUCAUGUUACAAUCAAUGAAAAUAUAGCAGAUUCUGAGGGUUUACGUUUAGCUUUGGAAACGUUUUUAGAAAGUGAAAUGGAUGAGUCUUUCGGUCAGGAAGAUUUGAAGUUGUUUUUCCUUAGCUACGCUCAAACUUGGUGUGGCAAUAGCAGUAGUGAUAGCACACAAAUACAUUUACAUGCCAGUCAUCGGGAGAGAGUUAAUAAUGUUUUGGGCAACUUUAUGGAAUUUGCUGAUGUUUAUAAAUGUCGUCCGGGGAAUAAUAUGCAUCCUGAGGAAAAGUGCAGAAUAUGGUAGUGAUAAUAAUCCUUUUUAUAUAUGUGAUUUAUUUAACCCUUAGCCGGUACGUAGGGAACAAAAUUGUCCAUGUUAAUGUAGUGCUUGAUAAAAUAUUGUUAGUGUUCUUUUGUCAUUAACAAAAUAUAAUAAAAACUUCUCUAAUAUUAGUUUUAAAUUUAAAAUACUGGUUAAGGGUUAAAAGUUGAAAAAAUGUUUUAGCUUUACUAAUUAAUUAUGUUAAUAUAAUGUUAAUGCUG